AAAUUUUAUUAACAAAUCUUUAUCUGCUAUAUAUUAUUUAUAAGAAUGACUUGCAAAUGACACCAUGCCGCUGAUGAAGAGCUAUUUUUAUUUUCAAUUCGUUUGUAACUUAAGUCAAGCAGAAAAUAAUACGGAAGAAAAUGUUAUGGUAUCACGUGGAUUAUGACGUGUGUGAGCUAGUUGUUAUAAAAUAUAAAACGGUUCGUUACUUUCGUCGCGGUGCAAUAUUUGUGGAAUAUAAAUUGUAUAAGAGACAACAUGUCAACACAGGCUGUUAAAGAAUUAUCUGUCGCCACACACACUGCUAUGGAUUUUCUUGGUUACUCUGAGGAAAUGAUCAAAUGGAGAGCUGAGAUAGUAAAGCAUUUAACUUCAACAGUAAAUAACAAGUUACAAAAUUUAAUUCCAUAUAUUGGGUUCAACUGUAUGGUCGCCGGGAGUGUAGGAGACGGCAUUGCAAAACUUCAUGAAAGUGACAUUGAUGUUAUUCAAGUAUUUCGCAAUUUCCUUUGUUUGGACAAUGCUCAGGUAGAAAGUGAACUUUGUAUAAUUCAAACGAUCACAGCGGAUUCUCCACCGGGUCAUACAAGACUUAAUCCUUUAGAACUUGAUUCUAAUACAGCUGCAAUGGGUUUGUUAUGUUUCGUCACUGAAUAUGACUUAAGUAGAGGUCAGGUGUUUCUUGUAAGCACGUGUGUUCGUAAUUUCUUUGAAAGCGGUUGUAAAGCAUUAAUUCCAUAUUUUCAGCUUCAUGGCACAAACAGAGAACUUCGGGAACAACAAGGACCGUCAAUUCCUUCGACUUUACAUCUUAAAAUACCUUUGAUGCCGCAUAUAAUUAUGGCAUGCGAUGCUGACUUUGUGAUGGGAUUGCCCUAUAUACCAUCUGCAUUAUUUGAUCCUUGGAUUAAACGUGACAGAUAUUGGCCACCACAAUCUGUUUGUCAGGACAUCAUGGAUACAGAGGCGUACGUUGUACCAGUAGGCGCUAGUUACAGCGAAAAUCAGAUUUACGAAUGGAGAAUUUCUUUCACAACUGCCGAAAGUAUUCUGGUGUCUAAUCUCAAUCCGGUGCUAUUAAAAGUUUAUAUUAUAUUUAAAAUGGUUAACAAGUAUUUGAUCAAACCAAAUUGUAAUAUUUUAAGUUCCUACAUGAUUAAGAAUGUUAUGUUCUGGGUGUCAGAACAUAGUGAGCCAAGUUCGUGUAAUUCUCCUGAAAGAUUGAUAAACCUUCUACAACUCGCGCUGGCUUUUCUACGAAACUGUUUACAUUCUAAAUUUCUACCUAACUAUAUGAUACAAGAGAGGAAUCUACUCCUUGGGAAAGGAAAACCACGUGACUUUUCACAACUUAAGUGUAUCAUAUCAAAUCUAUUAGAUACAGAUGGCUUUUUCGUAAUGGAGAUAGAGAAAGUUAAAACUCAAAUAUUUUCUUUCAGAGAUUCUAAACAAUUAUCUGAAAUGCGAGAUGCAUUCGAGAUAGUACAUAUGAAAAUGCAUAUAAACAUUUUGAAUAAACUGUCACUGGAAAAUAUGUUUCAGCCAUCAUUAUUAUAUGACGUGGCUUUAGAAAUGUACAAAAAUCCUUUGUUCUUCGAUUUGAUGUUUAAACUUAUGAAUUUUGCGAAGUUAGAUAUAGGAUCUUGUAUUGCUAAUCCGGGGCAAUUUUUCAAAGUUAUCACUAACGUUUUGUUUUCAUAACAAAAGUCUUGUCUACAAAAAGAGAAAGUCUUACAAUGGAAGAGAAAAUAUAUCAACUUACUUCCCAUUGAUUUUAUUGCAACACGUAGGUCGGUCAAUUCUUUGUUCAAGAAAGAAAGAAAGAAAGAAAGAAAGAAAGAAAGAAAGAAAAAAAGAAAGAAAGAAAGAAAAAAGAAGGAAGGAAGGAAGGAAAAUUAAAUAGCACAUCAACUGAAAAUGUUCAAGAAAUCUAGGGUAUUUAAAUGUAAAUUUCUAAACAAUAAAAAUGCUUGGAUAUGAAGUGUUUUAUAACGGAAAAAAUGAAUUAUUCGAUAAUGAAUCGAGUAUUGUUUAAUGGUUAGCUUUAAGAUGCACUAUGCUCAUCCUUGGUUAAAAUAUUUUGAUUUCGAAAUUUAUUGCAAUGUAUAAAAUUCUUAUGAAUAUGUCUAUUUGAAACAAAAAAGAAUGAAUUGACUUUGCAUUGGAAACUGCGAUUCUUAUUAAAGGUCUUGUAAAGUUGGUCUUUCUUAAAACACUGUCAGUUUUUUAAAUGACACUAUAUACGAUAUUCAUAUUGUGUGUAGAAUUUUAAGCGUAACAUAUCUACUUAUAGACUUACAUCGUACAUGCUGGAACCGAGAAAAGUGUCUGGAUUUAUUCCAGAUUUAUACAAAAUAUUAGGUCGGUAUGGACAAACUUCGUUAUUACGAAUUUACAUGAACACUGGAACUAUACAAUCCUCAUACGCAUGGAAAAACACGAUCAAAUCAGCCAUUCACAAAACUGUUGAAUUCGAAUGGCGCAAUAGAAUAUUAUGCGAUGCCAGUCUAUCUAGUUUCUCCCACUUGCACUCAAAGUAUGAACCUUGUAUGUUAUGGAGAUUCAGUCGCCAGUAUAAAACAUAUCAGAUUCAAUGUGUUUAUGCAUUCAGACUUCUUUCUAAAUUUUUAUCAAGAAGCUAUGAAGUAACGUGUAAUAAAUGUGAAUUACCCACUGACUAUAUUGUGUUACAUCUUGUUUUCUUCUGUGAGAAAAUGGAGAGUAUCAGAUCUACAUUAUGGUCUAACCUGUCACAUAUGUUAGGCAUGCAACAAUUCGAAAUGUUUUGUUCCCUUUCACCAGAAUCACAACUUUUAGAAAUGUUUAGUGGUUUUGAUUCUUUUGACAUGAACGAUAGCCUGAGAGUAUCAUGUUUUAAGGUGUUCCUAGCCCAUGGCUACCCGAACAAUGUAUAAACUGUGAUAUUAGCAUAUGGAGAAUAACUUCAUUGCAUUAUGAAUGUGUACAUAAAUAUUUAAUACUGAAUGUUAUAUAUUUUCAAUUAUUUAUGUUUGUUUUAUGAAUUUUCCUAUUAUUAAUGUACAUUUUUGUGAUAUCAUUACUCUUUGUUCACAACACAACUUACACACCUUAAUGUUACGUUUUCGGUUUAAGGUUCACAUGCAAGUGUUGUUUAUAUUAAGAAUUCCCCUUUUUCCACUAUUGCUUAAUCUAAAUCAUAGACAAUAGUCAAUAAUUGAUAGUUUGCGUUAGUGCCCUUAUUCAUAUACAAAACAACAACAACUGGCCUAGCUUAAACACAUCUUAAUCGUCUUCAUAAUUUCGUUUCGGUUAAGGCUAAUUACUCGAUGUGUUUUUGGCAAUCAUUUAUAUAUAUUAAAAUUUAUUUUUCCCAAAAUUAUUCAUCGUCUCUCCUCAAAAUUGAAAUUAUUGUAACUUAAAAUUACUUAAUUGAUUUGAAUUUUACCUCUGCCUUCACACACUAAACAACCUCAGUUCUGAUGCUUUUGAUAUCUACAUAUGAACCUGAUAUCUAUGCAAGUAAGUAGCUUAUUCCUUUUAUUUUUCUUUUUUUUUAUAUAUACAAUAUUUUCACUCAAUUGACAUUUGUUUAUAGAUAUCACAGAUUAAUUGCAUUAGUUAUCUUUUAGUAUGAGUAAAUAUUUAAAUGUUUGUACAUGUUAUAAUUAUGCCUUUUCUUUACUAAUUUAUAUUAUACAUAAAAAUCUUGUAUUUAUAUUUGCUGUAUAUAUAAUCCUUUGUACUAACUGUAAUAUUUAUUAUGUAAA